AUGGAUGGUUCGCUGGGCGCUCGCAUGGCUGCCUUUGUGGUCGCUGCUGCUCUACUUGUGGCCAGCUUUGGUGUCUCUGAUGCCAUCCUCGACCUGGGCGAUGAGCUCACCUUGGAAGACUUUCUCGCAGACGCGGGCAUUGAUGGCUGUGUGAUGCUGACCCCAUCGUCCACCGGCUAUCAUUUUGAAAAGGGUCAGGCUUCAGGCCUCUCACGCUCCCGAUGCACUCUUGGUGGCGCGUGCCAGUGCCGCCAGUUCGAGGCGUGUGACAACGGAGAUUGCCUCAAGGUGUACCGCUGCAACGACACGGAAUCCAACGGCUGCGUCGCCGUCUCCAGUUGCGCUCAGACCACAUUCGACACGACGUUUGAGGUGACUGUCGACUGCCGCGAACCACUUGAUGAGCGCGAUGAGGACGGUAUCGACUUCUUUGGCAUGCGCUGGAAGCAGGCCCUCGCUGAGGACUGCAACAUUGGACGCGUGUGCCGGUACAACGGCGACACAGCAGCCACGAUUGAAGUCAUCAACGGCACCACGUUUCGCACCACCACCCUCAACCCAGCGCACGUACAGCUGCUACAGGCCUGCGCAAUGACGGUGGACAGGUUUCGUUUCAACUUCUGCUCAGUCACUGGCAUUGUCGAAGAGGAUGGCGUGCGCGAUGCGUUUGGGGACUGCCUGUCCACCACAGAUCACUUCAGCGUGUUUGCGUUUGUGCAAAUGGGCAUCUGUCUUGCUGAUUGUGAUGACAUCACGCCGACCACCACCCACGCCGAGGCGCAACGCUCCCUCCGAUGCUUUCGCUUCUGCGCCUAUGGGUCAGCUGACAUGGACUGCGAUGUUGAUUUCACGACGACGACAACAACAACAACAACAACAACAACAACAACAACAACAACAACAACAACAACAACAACAACAACAACAACAACAACAACAACAACAACAACAAUGACGACGACAACAACUACAACUACAACAACAGCACAGGUUUCAAAUAGUACCUGCCCAACCAUCAGCACACCUGUGGCGUCCUUGUUUGCUGCUGGCUAUGGUAAUGGCCUUCAACUGACGAUUGAUGGCGGUGCACCUGUUGGUACGGAGAUCAAGUGUGCUGGUUAUUCCGAUGAACCCGACAACCAAUACGCCAACAUCCUCGACAAUGCAACGGCGUUCUGGUCCGUAUCGACUGGGUACAGUCGAUACAUCUACUUUGCGAUCUUGCAAGACGCGACUGGCGCGACGCAGACUCUCUACACAGCUGACAUUGAUGGCACAUUUACCCACGGCUGCAGUGCGCGGCUCAAGAACUCUGGUGCAGACUGCCCUGUCGUGCUGUCUGAUCCAACGUCUACCAGCCCCACGUGCUUUCCUGGUUGGGCCGAGGUGAUUCUGGAGAGCGGCGAGCGCGUGCAGCUGCGGAACCUCAAGACUGGCGACCGUGUGCUUUGCCUGCAGGCAUCGGCCGGCAACGCCCUCGGCUACUGCGAGCUCAAGACUUUCCAGCACGUGGAGCUGAACGGCACCACCACAUCUGUCGAGCUGCACUACACGGACAAGGACGGCAACCCCGCACUGAUGUCUGCAACACCGGACCACUUUGUGUUCCGCGCAGACGAGGACGUGCACAUUGCUGAUGGCUUAACGGUGCAGCCUGCAGGCGAGUUCAUCUUCACUGGCGAGUUUGCUGUUGGCGACCGCCUGCUGCGCUACGACGCUGACCUCGGUGUCGUGUACACCGUCACCAUCACCAGCAUCACCUCCACCAUCGAGCCAGACUACUACACGCCGCUGACGGACGAUGGCUCCACGCUCUUUGUUGAGGACGUGUUUGCGUCCUCGUUUGCCAUCUUGGAGAGUCCUGAUGUCAUCCGCCUCGUCCUGGCGCCCAUCUGGCAAAACGACGACGCACGCUUCACAGAGCCGACGGCAGGCAAGGACUUCCCCGAGGGCCUGCACCCGUUCACGACGCAGCUGUACUCCAUCUUCCUUGCCGCUGAGAUGAGCGGCCAGACGAUUGAUGUUGAGGGGAUGGCCACCGCCAUCGCCCAGCAGCUCGCCGUCGGCCACGUCUUCACACAGCAGGAGAUGCUCCAGCUCAUUCCAAACUACAUCAGCUGAGGGUGUACGCAUGUGUUCGUUUGCUCAAUUGCUUACUUUGUGUGUGUGUGUGUGUGUGUGCGUGUGCGUGUGUGCGUGUAUGUGGUUGGCAAAAGCGCACUUGUUUGCUUUUGUGCGUGUGUGUGUGUGUGCGUCUGUGCCUGUGUCUGUGCCUGUGUUUGCGUGCUUUUCCUCAUGCUCCGAACUGAAGCAAGCGACCGCUCAGGCCAGUCCGCCACGAGUCAUUAGCGACAUGUACCACGGUUGUGAACCAAAACAUACUGGUUUCCAACGACAGGCAGUCGCGUAUCCUGUGAAACUGUGCGCACCCGAACAAGACAGCGAUAUGUCAUGUCAUCUUGCAUGAUCACCACCAGCAUUGUCGUACCCAUGAUGCUUUGCUGAAUCUUGCAUGGCGAUUGAAAAGCGAAUCUCGUGUGUUUGAGGGGCGAAUGUGUUUGCAGAACGCCUGCCCACCCUCUCAGCAGAAUGUUUCUCGCAUGAUAUCGCUUGUUGAAGGCGCUACGACUGUUCAAUCUAAUGCUACAAUGCUAGACGAGGAAACCACUGGUGUAACUAUGACCCGUAUGCGCAACACCGCAGGUCUCGUGUCCUUUAUCAUAUACACCAGCACCCCA